CAUGGCUGUUCUCCGCGCAGCCCGGCACCCUGUAGUGGAGAAGGUGACAUCUGUGACUCCGCGCAAAGGGAGCCCGAUCCAGGCGCACCUCGUUGGAGUUUUCCUCGCAGCUCCGCUCCCAGAAUUGACAGAAUAAUUACUCCUCAAACUCAGAUCAGUUCAUUUUCUUCCAUCUUUUGAUCGUUUUUGGGGUUUUGAUGUUUUUUUUACAAGGACACCUGCGAAUCAGACAUUCUUAUCAGUGAGGAUGCUGCUGUGGGCAAGCAGCACGACUGACACAAGAUCAAGAUCAGACAUCUGCUGACAUAUGAGAAGUGUCAUUCUUCUUUACACAUCAGACCUGACCGUCGGUUGACCUUUUUCAUUAACGAUCAACGCCACUGAGGCGCACUUGUUGACGCGUCUCACCGCCCGGCCAGACAAGUUGGCAAUCAAACACGAAACAACUGAAUGGAGGCCAAUGGUUGCCUGAGCCCGCUCGCACGCAAAAGCAAGAUGCUGCUUCCAAAUGUUCUAUUUUAUCGCUCAAAGCUGCAAAAAAUUUAGAACGUUCUCUGAGACGCAGCUGUUUCUGUGAGGAAGCAGCUUAAAAAGAAGAAGAAAAAAGAGGGGGAAGAGAAAUUGUACAAAAAACUAUAAAGAAAAGAUCAGCAAUGUUUUGGCCUAUAUUAUUCACCCUGCAGGCUGUGUGCACCAGCGUGGCACAGGCUAUGCAACAUUACCCGGCGGCCUGGGGACACUAUGACGUGUGCAAGUCGCAGAUCUAUACAGAGGAGGGCUUGGCAUGGGACUACAUGGCUUGUCAGCCUGAAGCCACCGACAUGACAAAGUACCUGCGAGUGGCCCUCGACCCCCCAAAUAUCACGUGUGGAGAUCCGCCCGAGACGUACUGCGCCUUGGAGAAUCCUUACAUGUGCAACAAUGAAUGUGAUGCUGACACUGAGGAGUUGGCUCAUCCUCCCGGGUUAAUGUUUGACUUUGAGGGUAGAAACCCUACAACGUUUUGGCAGUCGACAUCGUGGAAAAAAUACCCAAAGCCUCUGCAGGUCAACAUCACAUUAUCAUGGAACAAGACAAUUGAGCUGACGGAUGAUAUUGUUAUCACUUUUGAAUCGGGACGACCGGAGCAGAUGGUCCUGGAAAAGUCCCUUGACUAUGGCCGUACCUGGACACCUUACCAAUUCUACGCCACGGACUGCCUUGACGCUUUCACGAUGGAACCCAAGACGGUGAAUGAUCUGACCCAACACACUCUGCUGGACAUCAUUUGCACCGAGGACUACUCCCGAGGCUACGUGUGGAAGAACGACAAGACAGUUCGUUUCGAGAUAAAGGCCCGCUUCGCUCUGUUUGCUGGACCUCGUCUUCACAACAUGGCCUCGCUAUACGGCCAGCUGGAUACCACUAAGAACCUGAGGGAUUUCUUCACGAUCACUGAUCUGAGGAUUAAGCUCCUGAAGCCAGCAACUGGAGCUACCAUGGUGGAUGAGAACAAUCUAUCCAGAUACUUCUACGCAAUCUCUGACAUCAAAGUACAGGGCAGGUGCAAGUGCAACCUGCAUGCCAACAGCUGUGUGUUUGACAAGGGAAAGCUGGGCUGUGAGUGUGAGCACAACACCACAGGGCCAGACUGCAGCCGAUGUAAGAGGCACUACCACGGAAGAGCCUGGAGUGUGGGCUCCUACCUCCCCAUACCCAAAGGAACUGCUAAUAUAUGCAUUCCCAGUAAUCACGGACCAGUGCAUCGAGCAAAUGCUUCAUCACUCGGUGUUGCAAAUCGUAACCAAGCUCGGGUGUGCGACAACGCGAUGCUGCGCUGUCAGAACGGCGGCACGUGCCACCACCACGAGCGGUGCCACUGUGCCCCCGGCUUCACGGGCGUCCUGUGCGAGAGAGUUCGCUGCCAGGGUCCCGGCGAGUGUGACGACCAGCUGUCUGGACGGGCAGUCCUCCAUCAUCGCCCCACAGGCCGCCAGCUUUUGCUCUCCCUCGUAGCGACCCUGCUUUCAAUUGUUUCCCUUUGCUGAGAGACACAGAACCAAAUCCUGAAGGAAAAUCCUAAAAACCACAAACGCUGAGACUGAACUUUCAACCUUACAGAGAUAAAGGGAAAAAACAAACAAAGAAUGUGUUGCGCUCAGCGUACAAUAUAAGCGACUCUUUUGUAUAUCCGAGGCCAAUGUGGUGCAUGGGCGACAAUGAAAUUACCGCAGUGGAUUGUGCACUGAUGUGUCAUUCUGAAUGGUAGAAAGAUUUAUAAAAAACUCGGUGAAGACACUGUUGUUUUGUAACUUCACAGAAAAAAGAAACAAAAAAAAACUGCAGGCGCCCUUGCUUUGUGAUAAUGUCAUUGUCUAAUAUUUCAUCAAAAAGAGUCUGGAGGUUCUACUCGGAUUAGAACAAACCACAAUCUGAUGACAAACAGUGAAUAACUAGACACAUGAUUUCUAAGAAUCAUCUGAAGUUAGUGUAGAAUAAUAAUGACCAGAGGGACAUCUUCAAAAAAAAAAUCUCUCCUCACUGCCUCCUCCUUUCUGCUCCUCCUCUUCCUUCCCGUACUCUCCCUUCCUUUCCUCUCCUCUCCCUACGCUUUAGUGAACCUGGUGACUUUACUUUGCUGAAGGGUGUCCGUUGUUUUGCCAAAAUGCUGCACAUGUAUUACUAUAAAUUCCCUUUGACAAGAGCCAGUCUAGUAUAACUUUUAUUUUACAGAGGCUUUGUAGUCUUGCUUGAGCUCACCCAUAUCAGAAAAAAAGUUGUAACAUACUAUAUCUGUAUUUAAUUUUUGUAUAAAACAGAUAUUUUCAUGACUACGCUGAAGAAGAAGAAAAAAAAGAUGUAUUACUUGUUUUUUUUAUUGCCGUGUCCUUCAGUAGAUGUGGACUAAGCGUGAGGACGUUGGUUGUGUUGUUUGUCCUCAUUCCAGAGCUGCUUUCAGAACUAUGUUUACCUUACACACUUACACAAUACACUUCCACCAAAGCUCAAAGGUACAAACAUGUCUUUGUCUUGUUGUUGAGCGAUAAUUUUAUUAGGCAGAAACAUGACAUUUGAGACGAGGUGUGAAGAAUAAAACUGUGUAUUGUUCGUGGACAGCUGCAGACAAACGACACGAGUUGAAUGUCAUUUUUAAAAGGAUUUUUAAAAGCUAUCAGUUUCGUUCCUGGGCCAUUUCACGAAGCACCGGCUGCUGAUAAUGAUAUAUCAGCCUGUGCUGUAACACAUUCCUGUUGUGCUCUUGAAAUGAAGGAGAAUUGAAGGAAUCUCAGGCCGAAAUCUCAUCAACAUUAUGUAAAUUUAAAGAAAAGAAGAUUGCACGGCUGUCGCAGAGGUUGUCCAUCUCCAAUCUGUAAUCAGAUCUAAUCCUUGAAUCGAAUGGUAAGAGGGGAAGGUUUUCGGGAGCUGCUUCGGCUGAAAGCCUGCAUCCUGCUGCGGGAGCAACCAGAAAGCUGCGCGCUCAGAAAACCAGCUUUAAUUUACGGAGGGUCAAUGAAUAGAAAUGAAGGUGCGUCCCACUGGGUGCCAUAUUGAGAAGCGAGACCAAUUUCAUUUGAGAGAUUAAUUUUGCUCCUGAGGUUGUCAUAAAACACCUAAUUGUGCUUGAGUUUUAUGUAAGUGCCUCUCAUUAAAUGACACUGUCUAUGAUAGAACAGCUUUUGUGUUUAAGAAAGCCCGAAAACUACAAUAAGGUGAUUGUAAAAGGUUGAUCCAAAUUUCAAGCAAGGCAUGGGUGUUUUUUCUUAAGAAAUAUGAUGUUUCUGAAAUAAAUGAUAUAAGACUA